AUGACGCCCACUAGACCCAUGGCCACCAAUGACGAUAUCGAGGAGAGUUGUGUUUCUCCGACAUCAGAAGUGGGAUCGGUGCAGGCACAAAACGCGGAUAGAUGGAUCGAGGCGAACGACGGUUUACGCGCUUUAUUUGAGGCGCAGCAAAAUAACAUGCGACUACUUGUGGAGGCGCUACGCAACCCGCCAGCAAUCUAG